AUUAUUUUAUCUUAAGAAACCUAAAUAUCGUAGAAAUGACCACUGAAAAAAAGAAAAAGUUCGAUCAAUCUUAGUUUUAUUUCUUACACGUUUUAUGUAUCUUGUUUGACCAUUUUAGAUUUUUUCAUCUUUGUCACCAUGUUGCUAAAAGGGUGUGCCACAAACUUGUCACCCUUUUAUGUUGUUUUUAGCCUUAAUAUAUAUUAGAAUGAACUCCCAAUUGACAAAAACCAUGAAGCUAAUUACACAGACAUGCUCUUGUUCCAUCAGAAGAAAUGUCAGUAAACUGAGCUUGUAUCGACCCAAAAAGGAAAAGUACCCUCUCCAAUACAAAGUACGUGUUGUAAAUCAGGAUGGUUCAUCGUAUAUCACAAGAUAUCACUUGCCAGUUGGAGUUAUUCGGUUACCCCUUGAUCCUAACACAUUAACCGAAGAAGAAAAGAAAGCAAGAUUAAGACGAAUUCGAAGUGAAAAGAAAAUAGAUGUGCAGGAGUAUAAAGAAGAUGUUAAGUUUGAUAGAAAAGCGAUGAUGAAACUUAUGAAGAAGAAAAAAACAUGAUAUUCUGACAUAAUGGUGUAUAUAAAAUUAUUUGGUAUUUUUAAAUGAAAUAUUUUUCACUCAUAAA